AUGGCAGUCCAACGUACGAAUGAGAGGCAGCUAGGCGGACACUCUGCUGAGCACCAUCGACGUCACCGCCAGCGCCUCGUAGAGAAAGGAACAGUAAAGAAAGAGCACGCCGACUCCACCAAAGUGAAUAUCUACGGCGUAAUGCAGAGGUGGACGAACAAACACUGCAAAUUUCUCGGAGAGGACAGGCUUAGCUUCCUUGUGAAGUGCACGAAGGAAGAUAUCAUGACGUUUUUAACAUGGCUUCUCGAUCUCUACCCUCGAAUACGGAAGAGAAGCAGCCUGCACGAAUACUGGAGAGUUUGGCGUAUGCUGUAUCAAAAGUCGGUCGGUCACAGUUUGCACGCUAAAGUAAGGGAGGAGGUCAACGAUUACAUCGACGGCUACCUGACGAAGAAAUAUAACCUGGAUACGACGGCGAGGGAAAAGCCAGUAAUGAAUGUUGACGAUGUUUAUCUUGUCCUCCAUCACCACUGGGUCCUGGACGAUUCCGUGUUCCCAGACGAACGGCAAAGACUUCAGCUAGCUCUCUUGCUUCUUCUCUCCGCCUAUACUGCGACCCGGCCGGCCGCACUGGUGUACGCGAUGAUAAAUAAGAGAAAGCGGAGAGAACACUACAUUGGCUGGGAGGAGGAUCAGUCUGAUUGCGGAGAUAUGGAUUUGGAUUUGGAGGACAUCAAGACGCUGUGUUACGAGGAUGUGAAGCUCUUGAUGCUCCCAAAUCCUGAAGGGAAGCGGGAUAUUCUCGUGAUGGAGGUAACAUUGAGGUAUACGAAGGGACAUAAGAAAAGACCCAAUCCAAAGACCUUUAUCCUUACAGAAGUCGAUGCUCUUCUUCUCGAGCCCAUUAUGCUUAUGAUCACGAUUGCACUUCUUGAUAACGCAUUUGAGUCCAAGGUCAGGUUCGUGGAAGAGAUUCUCCGCAUUCGAGUCCGCGCUCCACGCCGCAGCUUGGAAUUCUGCUGGCGUUCGGACAUGCUGAAGACUCCAAUCUUCCGCCAGGCGGAACGCAUCACUACGGGCAUCCAUACAUCCCCCACUAAGGCCCUGCGUUAUUACACCUACCUCUACUACCUUCAACGGUUAGGCCUCCGGGCAGGAUUUAUGCAGAUCUUGACGGCCUAUGCCAUCCGAAGAGGAGCUGGUGAGGCGGUUGAAGCCGUUGCCACACAACCUCAACUUCAACAGGUCAUAAGCCAUAAAGAUGCCGGUGUCUACCAGGUGUAUAUCAACCAACGUGUCCAGUGCGAUGUACAAGCUGCCUUCCUCAUCCGCCCGUCCUCCACGGCUCUCUUCAAAGCAGUCACGCACAUGAGUCGCUACAUGGACCCGCGAGCGCCCACAGACCCUACUCCCGAGCAGGUCAACGCCCUGAAGGUUGAACCUGAAAUUGUUCAACUUCGAAAGCUGAGGGAUCAAUUGUCUGCAGAAGCUCGUAGGGAGUCUGGCACGUUCAAGGCUGUUGAGACUGAAAGAACGAAGAUGUACCAGAUGUACAAGAAAGCCGAGCAAGACCUUCGUUGCGCGAAGGCCAAGGCGCUCAAUUCAGCCAAGAGAAGCACCCGACAAAGGUUUUUUGACACAAUCAAUACCAUUGAAAUCGACAGACAACUCAACCUAUCUCUUCUCGACUUAAACGAAGAUGACUGGGAGCCCGAGAAGGUUGAGCACCAGCUGGAAGAACGGAGAGUCGUGGCACAGCUAAUCUGCAAAGACAUCCAAGAUUUGACCGACCAAUGCAAAUUUGAUCAUCGGAUCCGUACCGUCAACGCGCUCAUCGCCUUGUGCCAGAAAAAGGAAGCUCCGCGUCGACAGAACCCGGAUCGAACAUGGGGCGUUAAACAAGAGAGCGACUUGCCACAACCUCCUCCAUUCCCCGUGGCUUGCGCGCGGACGCAAUGUCUCUUCUGUUUCUGGAACGCGAAGGAACCAUUCGAUGUCCGACUCCACCAUUUUUCGACAUUGUAUAAAGCCAGAGAUCACGUCGAGCGGCAUUUGAAUCAAUUUGAGGCGGAUGGGAAAAUCCCAUGCCCAGAUCCAGGUUGUCAAAAAGCUGCUGUCAUCCUUCACGGACACAUGCACUUCAAGAGUCAUGCUGCACGUAAACACGACUAUGAUAUAUUUCGCAGGCUUGGGUAG